UGAUAAAUUUAAUCAUAAUGAAAAUAUAAAAGAUAACUUAGUUACACAUGUAAUUAUUUAUUAUUGUGAUUAUUAUUCAGUCGAACAAAAAUUUGAAUUUUUACAAUUUUUAGCUAUGAAUUAAAAGUAUUAAAAUAUAAAAUAAUUUAAAUUUUAUUAAUGGAAAACGCGUGGAAGACAGAAAUACCUGAAUUUCGUCCUGAAGACAACCCACAUGGGUUAUUGGAGGAAAGUUCAUUUGCUACUUUAUUUCCAAAAUAUCGUGAAACCUAUUUAAAGGAGUGUUGGCCAUUAGUGGAAAAUGCUUUAUCUAAGUAUAAUAUCAAAGCUGAUCUGGACUUAUUAGAAGGUAGCAUGACUGUACGUACAACUCGUAAGACAUGGGAUCCUGCGUCAAUAUUAAAAGCAAGAGAUUUAAUAAAAUUAUUGUCAAGAAGUGUUCCUUAUGAACAUGCUAUACGUGUUAUGCAAGAUGACAUGGCAGCUGAUAUUAUUAAAAUUGGUUCUUUGGUACGAAAUCGUGACAAGUUUGUUAAAAGAAGACAAAGACUUAUCGGCCCUGGAGGAUGCACUCUCAAAUCUAUAGAACUAUUAACUAAUUGUUAUGUACUAGUUCAAGGACAAACUGUUGCAGCUCUUGGCCCUUAUAAAGGCUUACAACAGGUGCGACGUAUAGUAAUUGAGACUAUGAAAAAUAUACAUCCAAUUUAUAACAUAAAAGCUUUAAUGAUUAAACGAGAGCUUGAAAGAAAUCCCAAGUUGAAAAAUGAAAAUUGGGAUAGAUUUUUGCCAAACUUCAAGCCAAAGAAUGUGCCCAAGAAAAAAACCUCUAAAAAAGCAAAGAAACCCUAUACUCCAUUUCCGCCGCCUCCAACCGAAAGUAAAAUUGAUAAAAUGUUGGAAUCUGGUGAAUAUUUCCUUAAAGAAGAAGAAAAACAAAAAAGAAAAAGAAAAGUUAAGGAAGAUAAGCAAAAAGAAGCUAAAGUUAAAAGAGAAGCCAAAAGAAACUUGGCAUUUAUUCCUCCUAAUGAAUAAUAUCUGUCUUAUAAAAAUCUAUUUGUAAGUAAAACUGAAUUUAUGUUUAAGUUCAGAAAUAAAUAAAAAAUUGUAUGAAAUUUAUAUCUAUUUUAUGUAUUAUAUGAAUAAAGUAGCUUCAAAUAGAUCUAA